UUAAAGAUUUGGAGAGUAAUUUAUACUGAUGACCAGUUUAUGUUUUGCUUUACAGUGUUAAAGUAAGGUAUACAUUUCAUGGUCUGUAAUAAUUUAUUGAAUGUAUUAGAUAUAGAAGUUAUUAUUAUUUAGUUAAGUGCAAUAUUUAAUUUUCAAUAUAAUGUCAAAAGAGAUGGAAAUGUUUGAAAUACAGAAAUGUAUUUCAUCGAAAUUAUGGUAUACAGCAUACGAAGUAUUUCGAACGUAUAAUUAUCACAACAUUUGUUCUGAACAAAGUACAGACAUGAUUCAGAAUACAGAUUUUAAAUCUGUCAUUAAAAUUGAUGUUGGCAUGAGAAAGGAAAAUAAUUAUAGAUGGAUUGAAUAUUUAUUAUUAUGUAAACUUUUCCCUGACAAAUUCUCUUAUGAUGAAAAUAUUCCAACAAAUUUAAAUAACAUUGAUUUUCAAGUCGCUGUUGAUUUGAUUGAUGAUAUGCCUCAAAGCGUGAUAGAGGAACUGUUAUUAUAUUGUUCUAAUGUAAAUACAAAAGAUUCUUCUAACAAUAUACUUAAUGACUUUUUCCAAUCGACUUUAUCGUAUUUAAAAAGAUAUUUAAUAAAUAAUCCUAUAAUAGCUUGCAAUAUUAUAAAUAUGUGUUGCUUAUAUUCAUUCAGUAUUUCCAUUUUUCCUAAUGGAUUAUUAGAUUUUUAUUUGAUUUCAUUAAAAGAAAUAAUGGAAUUUAUGAUACCUAAUGAAAGCUCUCUUGUGAAUAAGAACGACGAUGAAUCGUCUUUAAUUCUAGAUAAAAUAACGAUUAGUAAUGAAUAUUUGGGAAGAUUUGUAUGCAUCUUAUCAAAAAUGAUCUUAACUGAAUCUAAAAAGACUGAAUUUUUUAAAUGGCUAUGUCCUAUUGUAUCGAUAACAGAUAAUAUUAAGGAUAUAGAAUUGGCGUUGUAUUCUAGAAAAGAUAUGACCUUUAUCAAUGAAUGGAAUUUAUGUAUGAAUGAAUUAAAUGGGCAUUCGAAGUCUGCUACUACUCUAGAAGAUGCCAUUAGAAUAUGCAACGACAUAUUUAAAUAUAAAAAUGACAAUGAUAUUAUGAUUUUAAAUGAAAUGGAAAUACUUAGGAGAAUAAUGACACAAAAAUCACAUUGGUUAACAGAUGUCCUAGAUAUAUGUUACAUUUUCUUAACAACCGGUAAUUUUAAUGAAGUUUCAAUGAUAUUGUCAUGUACUUCAUUAAAAAACUUUUGGAUUGUUUUGUUAUUAAAAUUUUUAAAUCAUUGUUCGGAAGAAGAUAACGAAGACUUACAAAACUGGACAGGCAAUACAAUCGUAUUUGAAGUAAUGAAAUUUGUAUUAAAGAAUUGUAAUAUUAGUAUUUUUAAUGAUCAUACUUUUCAUAAAUUAAAUACCACGUUGAAGAUACAUAUUGAAAUUAUUAAAUGGAUUUUGAAUUUAAAAAGUCCGGAAGUUAAAGAAGAAAUACAAAAUGGUAUAGAAUUAGCGAGUAUUGUACAUGCAAUACCAUUAAAGCAUCUAUUGUAUCUUCUGGAAAAUUAUACAGUACUUUAUUUAUUAAAAGAAGCUACAGAUAUCCAUGAAAUAGAUCAUAAUCAAAUCAAAGAAUUAUUACAACGUACUGGAGAACCUGAAAAUAUUUUUCAAGCCUAUUGCAGUAUGGUAAAUGCAUUAAAAGGAAUUUUACUUUGUAAAAAUUACAAUGAGAAGUAUUCAAAUAUCACAAAAUUUUUACUCGACAUGGAAUUAUAUUUAAAUACCUUAUAUCCAUUUGCAUUAAGAUUGGAGACAAUGGAAAAUAUAUUUUCUUUUCUUUUCUUAAGUUACGGCGAUUUUUGUAACAAUGAAAAUAAAUUGCAAGAUCAGAAUGCUAUGCCAAACGAAAAGCUAACGUUUACUCAUAGAUCAAACAAACACAAUAAUAUUAAUUUUAUUUCUAAUAAAUACGCCGUUAGAGAAUUAUUAUAUUACUUGAAAAAUAGUAUUACACAUAUGGAGAUCGAAAUAAGAAAAUUCAGAAGUGAUCCCACGUAUAUGGAAGAAUUAAAAGAAUUAACUCCAAGAAUAUCUAAUUUAGUCAAAUUGUUGGCUGAUGCAAAAUGGAGAUUGGAUCUUCAUACAAAUUCUUAUUUUAUUAAAAACGUAGGCUUACCCGAAAGCUAUACCUGUGAAAUUAAUCCUAAUACCUUAUUAAAGGAAAAUAUAACAUAUCCGCAAGAGAGAUUCAAUGAUGUUGUUUUUUAUCAAAAUCAUAGCAGCGAUUCGGAAGAUACCAAAAUAAAGACAGAUAGCAGCUCCGAGGCAGAUAUUAUUUUUAGUAAUACUAAUGAAUGGAACCGAUCAAAGAAUAGAACUAUUUCAAAUAAUUUCAUUACAAAAGAUGCAGAUCAGCCGAUAUUACUUAUUAAUUUAAUGUUAUCAUCUAAAGAAAGUUUAGUCAUCCAAUCUUUGUGGAAAAAUGAUCAUGUUAAAGCUCAAGAAGUUAUAGAGAUGUUCAACAUGAAAAAUACUGCACUGGAUAGCGAAAUUCAAUUUUCACAAGUACUGUUAAAUUUUAAACAAGAAAUAUUAAAUUCAAUAAAUCCUUCGAUUAAAGCUAAUAUUUCCAAAACAAAUAUCAAAUCUACUACAUUGGAGACCAUAAGAUUAGUUGCACAAGAAGCUAUGCAUUCUUCCAGAUAUACUAAUCAACUUGAAACGUUUAUUGCUUCGCAAGAAGCACAUAUGAGAAUGUUAAAAGUAAAAGUUAAUAACAAUAAGAUAUUGACUUUAAGCGUCUUGGAUUUAGCCUUAACUAUGGGAAAAACUUAUCCAAUUUCCCAGAGUUUUUGUGAUGUUGCUAUGAAAUAUGUUACAUUAUGCAAAUCAUUGAAUAACACUGAACAUAGUCAUUUGUUUAAUCAAAUAUUUCAAUUAUUGCAUGAUAAUAAGAAAGAUAUACCUGUGACUAAUUUAUUAUGUAACGUUACAAUUCCAUUAUCCGUCAAAGAUUGGAAAGAAAAGAAUGAAUUAUGGACCAAUAUUAUGACCGGAUACAAUGAAUUUAAAAUAUCACAAAGACAAAUAGUUGAUAAAGAACAUGUUAAAAAUAGCAAAGAAUUUAAUGAAUUAAAAAUAAUACAAAAAUUAAUAACAAGUUGCAAUAAUGAUAAAAGUUAUUUAUUAAAUUUACAAUACCAUUUGCAACACUUGAAAUCAAUCGCUCCUAAUAAUACGGAUAAUACAGAAUUGUUAACGUCAACGAGAUUGUUAAAUAUCCCUCUUCACAGGUAUUUUAGUUAUCAUCUUUUUAAUAAAAAUGUUGAACCCGAAAAUCUUGAACAAAUUGCUACAAAAUUAAAAGUUAAUUUAGUGUACAACAUUCUUAUAAGUACUUCUCCGAUAUUUCCAUAUUAUCAUAACAAGAAAUCUGAGAAAGAUGAUACUAAUUCCGGAUGUAUAAUACUAAAUGAAAAUUUUGAUGCAUCUGAUUCAAGAAAUUCUGUAUCGAGUAGUCCUAAUCAAUGUAUUUCAGAGAUACUGAUGGAACUCUUACAAGUGUUACACACUUUAAGCUCAGUUGAAUCUAAUUUAUCUUAUUCAUGUUUGAAUGAUCUUUCAAAACAUGGUAAUAUUCAAACCAUAUUGAAGAAAACAUCACGUCUUGCAAUGUUGGAUCUUAGCGAAUUAUCUGUUGGAGAUGAGACAUUGACAUUUUUUUUAAAUACUUGGAAUGUAAUGUUCAUACAUACAAUGUUACUUAUUUGGGCAAACAAUUCUUCUUUCAAUAUUUUAAAACAUACAGUUUCCUUGAUGUCCAUUGGUUACAUUAUCGGUGAUUUAGGAUUUGUAACACUUUAUACUCUUCGUUCCAAAUUGCUAAGCAGUUUUUCAUUAAAUGAAAUAUUAUUAUCACCAAUAACAGAACUUAAUGAGCCAGCAUGGCAAGAUUUAGAUUUAGUACACGAUCCAAGAGUUAUUUUUGCCAUGGCUAAUGAAUAUAACGAAACACCACGAAUACGCGUUUUUGAAUCGACUACAUUAAGUGAGAACUUAAACGAAGCAGCAAAAGAAUAUUUGGAUUAUUAUUUAAAAAAGAAUUAUCAUAUUGAUAAUGUUGACAAAUUAAAAGAAGAAACAAAAAUAAUAUUACCACAUCUCGUAGAACAAUAUGAGAAUUUGUUGCAUUUGGAUAAACAAAAUGAACAUGCUAGUAAUUGGAAAGAAAAUACAUUUUCUAUAAACAAUUAUCUCCAAUUCAAAAAUAAAGAUGUGAUGAUCGAAUAUAAAUCAGCCCAUUACUCUUAUGAAAUAUUAUUGAAAUAUGAAGACAAUUAUCAACUUUCUAUACAAAUUUGUCAAACUGAUAAAGACGAGGAAGUAUUUAUUCGUGAAAAGUUAUUGAUUAAAGAUAAUUUGUUACAAUAUUUGGAAGGUCAUAGUUGGAUACUUUCUUAUUUAGUACAAAAAAUGCAAAACAAACGUCCAUCUAUUUUAGAUAGGAGUUAUAAUAAUUUACAACGUAUCGCAUGUUUGGAGAAUUUGUUGAAUUCGUCUUGGAUAAGCCAAUUGAAAUGUUUCUUCAACGAAAAUGAAACUUAUACUGGUAUUCACGAAACAGUACCAACAAAUAAAUUAUGGAAUUGGUUUAAAGAAUCCUGGGAUAAUAAAAAAUGGGAAAACUGUUUGAACGUUAUAGAGUCUCUAUCGGAUAAUAAUGUUGUAAAAACUUUUGAAGUACAACACUUUAAGGAUAGAGUUUUAAGUUGUUUAACAUCUGAACAAGAAAAUACGAUAAAUCCAUUAAAAAUAUUAGAAUAUUUAUAUCAAAUUAAUGACAUACAUACAUUAGCCCAAAUAAUAUUAAAUAAUAUUAGCAAAUGGGAGGCUUAUGUAUGUGAGUGCAUUUUAAUUCAUACACUUAAUCAUUCGGAUAGUAGCAAAUUACCUUUACAUUGUAAACUACAAAUGAAUGAAAUAUUACGCAGAAUAAGUAUUUUCCGUAAAAUGUUACCGUAUUGUGGGAAUGAAAAUAAUAAUAUGUGGUACGACGUGGCAUACUGUACCAAUAAAAUUGAUCCGUUUGAUAUAAUACAAUCAUUGAUCAGCGCCGACAAAUUUGAAUUAUGUUUAGAAUGGUUGGAAUGUCAAUCUUUUAUAUUAGAAGCACAAUCCUCUGUUGCACAAGAUUUCUUCAUCGGUUUAUUAAAAAAUGAGAAACAAGAUUUUAAACAAGCUUUGAAGCUUCUUCAAUCGUUACCACUUAAUCAUGCAAUGAAAUUAUGUAAAGCUGUACUUAAAAAAGUUGAAUCUACCAGCGCACUAUCUUUCCUCGUUAAUUAUUUCUUACAACAUUGCAAGAAAACAGAAAUCAUUAAAUAUAAAAGGACUUUGAUCAGUAUAGAUAUUUUAAAAGAAGUGAAAGAAAAAGAAAGAUCAUUGUACAUUCAUCUUAUAAAAGAUCCCCUUUUAAUGUUAGAACAAUUAUUAAUGAAUUGUAAAUUCGAAACUCUUCAAAAAAUAUUAAGUGUAGUCUGUGCAAAUUUGCAAGAUACAGGUAUAUCAAUAACUGAAUUUGAUAAGACUAUAAGAUUUUAUAGUAAGAAAGCAUUAGACUUUAGAGUUUCUUUACAACGUGAUGUUAUCGAUAAUAAAUCAAAAAGUACACAGGAGUCUGGUUCGGAAAAUGAAACUAAUGAAUUUAUUAUGCCUACUAAAGUACCCACAAAAGAAGAAUGGAUUCCUAACGACAAAGCCAGAGAAUGUAGCUGUUGUCAAACAGUGAUAUUCUCAAUGUUUAAUAGAAGACAUCAUUGCCGUAGAUGUGGUCGUGUGGUUUGUGCAGUUUGUUCUCAAAGUCGUAUGCAAGUUCCUGGAUAUCCAAGUUCUGUACCUGUACGUGUUUGCGAGGAUUGUAAACAUCAGACUACUUUACAAAUGAAUAUGUCACAAGGAGGAGUAUCUACGCCAAAUAGUGAAACAUUAGAUUAUUGGAGAUUGACAAGAGAUGAAGCGCAUAAUAAAACUAUUAGAGAAGAAUUUUCAUUCGAAUACGCUCCUAGUAUUUCAUUAUGUUUAGCUAUUCUGAAUUUACAUUCUGAUCACAAAGCAUACACAAGUUUUCUACUUGAUCGUUGCGAUGAAAUGAAACAAUUAUUAUAUCCAGUUAAUGAUGGCAAAGUGAAUCCCGAAGUAGAUCACGUUGUUAUUAUCAAAAUGAUAAAAUCAUUAUUAGUUGCCGCUAAAGUGAAAUGCGCUAAAUUAGGUUUCAAUACAGGAUUAGCUCACUGCGAUCGUUUUCUAUCACAAAUAGAUCUAAUUACAACUCUUAUUCAUUCCGAUUGUUUGUCACUUAUACCUUCGGAUGACAUGGAUGAACAUGCUUUGAGAAAAUUAAGAGAUUUACUCACAGAAAAAGAACAAUGGACAUUGGCAUUAGAUGUUAGUACCAAAUCAGGAUUAGAUACACAAGGCGUAUGGGCAGCUUGGGGUAAAGCUUGUUUAAAAAUAGGAUAUUUUGAACAAGCACGAGAGAAAUUUCUUCGUUGUCUUGACAAAAUCGCUCAGGAUGAUAUCGACGGUUGGGAAGUUUUGCCUUAUCCAAAGGAAUUAACUUCCAAAAACAUGGAAAAUGUAGAUGAAGCUAAAAUUAUUUCUAAAAGAACAAAGUCAUAUGCGUUGGAAGAAAAAAAUUCACCUAAUCAAAAGAAAAUUGAAUGCAUUAAAAGUCGUCCGAUAAAGGAUCCACCAUUGUUAACAGAAAUUUUACAAAUAUUAGAUAAUUUAAAUACAAACAAUUAUUACAUAAAUUAUUCUUAUCAGAAGACAGAUGGAAUGCAAGAAAUAUUAUCUGUUAUUAAUAAUUUAAAAGCUAUCAGUCAAGGACAAUUAACGAUCAAGCACGUACAUACUUUUGAAGAAAACAUUUAUUACAAGGAAAGUCUGUAUUAUCUACUUACUUAUGGAAGUUAUAAUUCGAUAUUAGAAUUCUAUUUGAAGCAUAAAGAAUUCAACAAGUGUCUUGACUAUAUUUUAGAAAAUAAUUUAGAACCAGAAUUAUUUUUCACCGCCGUUUAUACGCAUUGCUUAAGAACAGGCAAUGCUGAGAAAUUACAAGAGACUAUGAAAACCAAAGAUCCAAGUUUAUUAUUGUGGAAAAGAUAUUUAAUAUAUGUUUGCCAUUGUUUAGAGAAAAAACAAUCCUUCUAUAUUUUAUAUCAGCUUCAACUUUUUAUGAAAGACUGUAUAAGAGCAUCCAUGACAUGUAUUCGCUUUUAUACCAAUCAAGCUACUACUUAUACAGAUUUAUGCAACAGAGCGCAUCUCUUGAUCGAUGCGCAAAAACAUUUAGAAUCUGAAUUAACUGUAGGAGGUUUUAGUAAAAAGAGAAGAAAGAGUACAAGUUCCUACUAUAGCAAUCAUGAUGUUUUUAUUAUGGAAAUGGAGCCUUCCGAAAUAGAUAAACAUAUUAAUACGAUAAGUAGACAAAUGGAAAUAGCUAAGUUUUUAGGAAAUGCAGAAAAAGAAGGAAGAUCACCGAAUGAAUUUUUAAGCCUUUUUCCGGAUAUAGAAAGUGAUUCUACGUCUAAUUCAGAAUUACCUACUUUAUUUGGUAAUCUACAACAAAAGACACACUUAGCUGUUUUAGCCAUACUCUGUGGACGCGACAUCGAAGAAGGAUUUGGCAUAGCAUUUAGAAUUAUGCAAGAUUACAAUCUUACGGCACAAAAAGUGUACUCUUUGGCUGGACAUGUUUUAGCUUUAAAAAAUAAUGUUAGUGCUGUGGAACAAUUAAUAAAAUGUUAUAGUAAUUCUGGAGUAUCUAAUACGCAUGUUAUUUGUGAUCAUGUACUCACGCAUUGUAUAAAAUUAAUGCUUCAGCAUUCCUACAACCAUUCUGAACAAGUAGUAAAAGAUCAGAUAGAUGUACUAAUAAGAUUAAUAACGGAUAUAGAACUUAAAAUAAGUGCAUACAUUGAAAGUAAACAAUUAAAAGCUGCAUAUCUUCUUGCGGUUAAAUAUUCAAGAGCUCAAGACAUAAGGAAGAUCUUAAAAGAGUCUGAUCGUCUUGGACAAACUGCCAUUAAAAAUAUUUGUACUAAAUGGUUACAACGUUUACAGUAGGGGGAUCAUAUAAGAUGUACAAUUAAUUAUAAUCGUAAUGAAAUGUUAUUUCUUUAAAUAUUAUAUAAAAGCAUUUUAUAAGU